UUCACGGGGGAGCGAGGCGACGGUUGCCGGGAAGCGCGCGCCACCCUUCCCUCCCAUUCUUCGUCCUCUCCUCGCGCGCCACCCGUUUUUCCUCUUUCUCCGUUAAUAACAGUUGGGUGGCUGGGGGAGGAGGGAAGGUGGCCUCGGCGAAGUCUGGGCGGGCACCUCCCACUCAGCCGCCUGCUGCCGUGUGAGCCGUAGGAUGGCGGCGGUACCAGCGGCCGCCCGAGAGGAGGCGGUGCCGAGGCCCGGGGCGCCGAGCGCGGCGGCAGAGAGCGGCAGCGGCCCGUCGUGGCGCACCAGAACCGAAACCAGCGGCAGCCGCACGUCCACCUGAGCCGCCUCUUCCCGCUGGAGCUUGCGAGCGGUGCCCGCAGCCGGAUUCCCUUCCUCUUCGCGUCCCCUCGUCUCCUGCGCCCGCGUCAGGCCGCCGGCCUCGCCCACCGCCUGGAGAAGAGCGCCCAGAGCUCCGACUGCCCCUCGGGGCGCCGGGCGGCGGACCUGGACGUACGGGGACCUCUCUGGGCAGGCCGCGGCGCCUCGGCCCUGCCCUCACGCUUCUGCCCUCGCUCCCACCCUCCCGGAGCUCCGGGCGUUGCGCGCGGGCCCGGCCCGGGGCAGGGCGGACAUGGGCGCCAAGCAGAGCGGCCCGGCCGCUGCUAACGGCCGCACCCGCGCGUACUCGGGCUCGGAUCUGCCUUCCAGCAGCAGUGGAGGGGCCAAUGGGACCGCGGGCGGAGGCGGCGGCGGCGCUCGGGCCGCCGCCGCGGGGAGGUUCCCGGCUCAGGUGCCCGGCGCGCACCAGCCCAGCGCCUCGGGCGGCGCCGCAGCGGCCUCGGCGGCCCCGGUAGCCCCGGCCCCGCGCAGCCGCUCCCUUGGCGGAGCCGUGGGGAGCGUGGCGUCGGGGGCUCGCGCGGCGCAGUCCUCCUUCAGCAUCCCGAACAGCAGCAGCGGCCCGUACGGCUCGCAGGACUCGGUGCACAGCAGCCCCGAGGACGGCGGCGGCGGCAGGGACCGGCCGGCAGGCGGGAGCCCCGGCGGGCCGCGUCUGGUGAUCGGCUCCUUACCAGCUCACCUCUCGCCGCACAUGUUUGGAGGAUUUAAAUGCCCCGUAUGCUCAAAAUUUGUACCCUCAGAUGAAAUGGAUUUGCAUCUUGUAAUGUGUUUAACAAAGCCAAGAAUAACCUAUAACGUUGGUUUUGGUGGCUUUCUCAUGAAAUCUUUGCCUGUUCCUUUGUCUACACAGGUAUUGCAUAAGUUGUCUUCCAAGGUUUGUAUAGUUUUGGAUUUUACAUUUAAGUAUUUAAUUCAUCUUGAGUUAAUUUUUGUAUAUGGUUUAAGGAAGUAGGGCAGGGGGGUCCAGUUUCAACCUUCUGCUUAUGGCUAGCCAGUUAUCCCAGCAUCAUUUAUUGAAUAGGGAAUCCUUUCCUCAUUGCUUGUUUUUGGUUCUGUUUGGAUAUUUGACAGUUUUACGGUUUUUAAUUUCCUGAUUUAACUGUGUCUAAAUCAUUAAACUUUUCUGCUGGAUCACUUGUUUGGUGUCUUAAGAACUAAUAUAACUAAUAUGUAACCUUCUGCUUGGGGAUACUGUAACAACCAAAGAUUUCGAGUUUUAAAUAUUUAACAGUAUUUCAAUCUAGAAAUUAGUGAAUGUCAUUCAAAAAGUUAAUAAAGUUGUAGCCAUUCUUAAAGUUGUUGACUGAUAUCUUUAAAAAAUUAUUAUUAUUAUUAUUUUAGAGUCAGGGUUUGGCCGUGUUGCCUGGGCUAGAGCUCAGUAGCUAUUUAUAGGCACAGUAAUGGCAUACUAUAGCCUCAAACUCAUGGGCACAAGUGAUCCUCCUACCUCAGCUCCCGAGUAGCUAGGACUACAGGUACAUGCCACAAUGCCUGGCUUCUUUUAUUUUUUAUUUUGUGGAGAUAAAAAAUUCAAAGUGUGUAUUAACUGUAUAAACAUUCACAGCAAGAAGCAAAUACAAUUUCUUAAUAAAAACUGUACAUAGUUUUUGAGGUUUUAAAACUAACCCUUGGACAGUGGCCAGUUAUGAGUAAGUGAAGGAGAAGGAAGUUUUGCCUGGACAGAUGUGGAGGGUUACAGAGAGGUAUCGGAUUAAUGACUUUCCUAUCAUAGGCAAGGAGAAUUCUAAUACCACCUUGUUUUAAAGGCAGAACCCUCCCCCCUCCCCACCAAGAGUUCUAUCACAGGUGAUGAAUCCAAAUGAAAAUUGGCUUCUUUAAUACCUAGGCAAACCAUCUAGGAUUGUUAUAAAGUGGAACAAGGUAAAGUCAGAGCAUCUCUAAAACGGAAUCUUUUUAAUCAAUUGGAUUCCUCGCAGUUUUAUAUUUGAAUUCCUACAUGUUGAUUCCGUAGAGAGAUGCAUCAGAUAUAUUGGGCCUCUAAACUGUGUUAGUGCUCAAACAAGAACAUUGGUUUUCAACAUAGUGCUCAUUUAACUUACACUUUUUGCAGCCUUUUCCAAGGUAGCUAGAUCUGAAAUUUUGAAAUUUAUUUGUUAAGUGAACGUUAAUUUAACUAUCUAUAAACAUACAUAGUUAGCAAGAAGAAUAGUGGCUUGUUUUCUUCAGGCUGGAUAUAUUUAUAUAGAUAAGCCCCAAAUUAGAUGAGUUCUAGAAAUUCAAAUAUAAGUUGAUGAUUUAGAGUUUCAGACUCUUUCUCACAGAGAUAAUAUUUGAAAUAAAUCCUAGUACCUGAAGAAGAAAUUGGCUGAGCAGGUAGAAGCUCUCAGGGCUUGGGCAGCUGGCUCAGCAGAAGUCCCGAUGGGAAGCCCAAGGCUGUCAGGGCAGGGAAUAUUUUGAAUGAUGUGGGUGGCAUUAUCUAUUACAGAUGGUAUUUUGGCAGCAUGAUAAAAAUUUAGAAUGCCACAGUGAGCGUUCAUCAACAUUGAUUGCCUUAAUGUCAAGAACUGCCUAUUUCGUAUAUUUUUCCCUCUUUCAUGGAUGCUUCAUUUUUGAGUUUAUGGACCUAAUAAUUCCUUGUAUAGUCUGUGAACCUAAUAUAAAUCUUAUGAGUAUAGAGACUGUCUUCAUUUCCUUGCCCCUUAUCUUCUAGAAUAUUUAGAACAAGCCAAACAAUGAACUAAAUAUUAUUAGUAAAUUCUUAGUCUUAUUUAAAAUUUUUAUUUUAUGUGUACAUAAUAGUAGAUUUAUGGGGGUACAUGUGAUAUUUGGAUACAGAUGUACAAUGUGUAAUGUUCAAAUUAGCAUAAUUGGGAUGUCUAUCGCCUCAAGCAUUUAUAAUUUCUUUGUGUUAGGAACAUUUCAGUUCUACUCUUCUAGUUAUUUUGAAAUACACAAUAAAUUAUUGUUAACUAUGGUUGUCCUGUUGUGCUUCCAAACACUAGGUCUUAUUCUUUCUGUCUGACUAUUUUUGUACCCAUCUUUUUUUUUUUUUUUUUUUUGAGACGGAGUUUCGCUCUUGUUACCCAGGCUGGAGUGCAAUGGCGCGAUCUCGGCUCACCGCAUCCUCCGCCUCCUGGGUUCAGGCAAUUCUCCUGCCUCAGCUUCCUGAGUAGCUGAGAUUACAGGCACGCGCCACCAUGCCCAGCUAAUUUUUUUUUGUGUUUUUAGUAGAGGCGGGGUUUCACAAUGUUGACCAGGAUGGUCUCGAUCUCUUGACCUCGUGAUCCACCCGCCUCGGCCUCCCAAAGUGCUGGGAUUACAGGCGUGAGCCACCGCGCCCGGCCUUUUGUACCCAUUAAUCAAAUAUCUUUAUAUUUCCCCUUCCCCAGUACCCUUCCCAGCCUCUGGUAACUAUGGUAACUAUCAUUCUUCUCUCUGUCUCCAUGAGAUGAGUUUUGUUUUGUUUUUUAAGCUCCCACAUAAUGAGUGAAAAUAUAUUUGUCUUUCUGUGCCUGGCUUAUUUCACUUAAUGGCCUCCAGUUCCAUCCAUGUUGUUGCAAAUGACAGAAUUUCAUUCAUUUUCAUGGCUGAAUAAUUUUCCAUUGUUUCCACAUGUUCUGUAUCCAUUCAUCUGUUGGUAGAUACUUAGGUUGAUUGCAUGUUUUGGUUAUUGCGAAUAGUACUGCAGUAAACAUGGGAGUACAGAUAUCUCUUUGAUAUACUGAUUUCCUUUCUUUUGGGUAUAUAUCCAGUAACAGGAAUGCUGGAUCAUAUGGUAGUUUUCUUUCUAGUUUUUUAAGAAACCUCUGUACUGUUCUCCAUGGUGGCUGUACUAAUUUACGUUCCCACCAACAGUGUUCCCUUUUUGCCACACCCUUGCCAGCAUGUUACUGCCUGUCUUUUUGAUAAAAGCCAUUUUAAGUGGGGUGAGAUGAUACCUCAUUGUAGUUUUGAUAUAGCAGUUCUUAGUCUUGAUUGUAUUGGUCUUUAAACUAUACCAGAUCAUGAUAUACUUUAUACUAUAUAUGGUUCAGUUUUUACAUUAGACUUCUAUGAUUCAAGGCAGUAAGACUUAUUUAUAUUUAAGGAAUCUUUGUUUUACUUGUAGUUGGUACUAUGUUUAUGCAUGUGUACUUAGAAGAGGUACAACUUGAAAUGAAGUUGUCUUCUGGGAGUUAAAUUUCAAACUUGUGAAUUGAAACAGAGCUCUUUAGAAUCAUCAGAAAGAAGACCAACUCUACGGACAGAGCAAGAUGUGACUAUUAUCCUGCUAAAGUAAACGUGUUUGGAGAAAGAUUGAGUCAGUUGGAAGGCAAUUUGUUCUGCAAUAAAAGUGAUGAAAAAAUAUCCCAGUUUCUACACUGUCCAUGGGAGAAUCUGUUUUGUCAAGCUCACCCAAAUAUUGCAGGUGAUUGUAUCAGGCUGUUAGCACCUUGAUUCUAGCUGGCACAUGCAGUCUGCUAAUAAUCUGGAUUCCUGUCUAACAUGUUCGCAGAAAAGAGCAUAUUUUUUCCCACUGUAGAUAUAAUCUGGUCUUCCAAGGUAUGCGUUAUAAGUUAGAAGCCUGCCUUCUGCCUUAUAUACUACCUUUUCUUGGUUUUAAGAUUGUCCCCUGAAAACACAUUUUAAUCUUUUGGAAUUUAGGAUGCUUUCUGAAAUUGGCAUAUUGGCAUUUUUUUAAAACUGAAAUUUAAAAAGAAAAAAGAAAACUUGCCAGCUGCUAAGCAGAAUUUUAAAUAAGAAAGUCUAAGUUAUCGCUGCCUGAACAUGUGUGAACUUUGCCUUCUGUGGCCAGUUUCUGUUCUCUGAUUUGACAUCUCUGCUCAUUUACGUACAGUAGUGGUUUCUGUGGUUGAGUUUUAACUUAAAUGUGGAUCCCUAAUUGUAGCCUUAAGUAACUUGGUAAACCUUACAUUAUGAGGCAGAACUGAAGAGUUAUUUUUAUACUACAGAUUGACUGUUGUCCAUGAAGUGAUGUUAAAGGAAAUAGAAAAUGUCAAAUCCCUUUCACUGCCUUACAGAAAAAUCUCAAAGUAGGUGCUAUCCCAGAAGAGCCUGGCAGAAACAAAUCCAGAACUGUUCCUAAACCCAUAUGGGAUUCCUCUACUAACAUACAGUCUGUGUUGAAGGUGAACUUGUGAUGAAAAAUGACAAAUGAGUGAGAGUCAGCAGAUGUGAGAAUUAUCACCCCCAAGAACUUUAAAAAUGACUACAAACAGCUUUAUUUUCACAUUGUUAAAAUUAUAAACAGAUGAAUAGGAAAUAUGGGAAAAAUAAGACACUGUAAAGAACAGGAAGUUUUGAAAAAGAUACAGAGUUAACUAGAUAUUAAUCAUUAAAAUUGGAAUCUUGCUGAAUAGAUAGGUUAAGCAGCAGAUUCGACAGAACUGCAAGGAGAGUUAGUCAAGUAUAAGGUAGGUCUGAGGAGAUUACACAGAGGGUAAUAGAGAGGGAAGCAUGGAACAUAUGAGAGAGAGCCUGGGAUGAGAGCAUACACCAUACAUAUAAAAAUUGCAGAAAAAGAGCUGGAAUUGUGGAGGGGCAGUAUUUGAAGGGAAAUGGCAGAGAACCCUACAGAAUUGCUGAAAGCUAGAAAUUCUUGGAUUGAAGGAGCACAGUGGUCCUAACUGGCAUAAAUAAAAAUGAAUCCAUACCUGGAGACACCGUAAACCACAGAUAGGAAACAAAAAGAGAAAAAUGUUAUUGUAACCUGAAAAAUAAUAUUUUACUUUGUUCCAUUUGUGUUAACAUUUCUAAAAUGCUUCUUGUUUUAUGGAGUAAUUUGAAAUUUGUCAGAUGUUUACUUUAUAAAGAUAAUGGAUCAGAAAUGGCAAGAUAAGAAACUUUACAUUAGUUACCGUUUCAUCCAGUUACCAAAAUUGUAAGCCCAUUUUAUAUGGCACUAAUUUUAAUUUUACUUCCCUUCUGUAAAUACACAUAGCUGCCCCAAAAGUAGCACCAGUUUGUGUUUAAAUUGUUACGAAGUGUAGCAGUACUUUGUACGAACUUUGAAUUGAGCUUGCUGAGUCCAGAUUCUACUUCUGUUACUUAAUAGGAAUGUAAUCUGAGUCUUGGUUUUCUCUCUUAUAAGAAAAUGAGACUAGAAAUAGUACCCGUCUUCAUAGCUUUUCACACAUAGUUUUUCACAGGUAAUGAGUGCUGUUGCUAUUACAAAGAAAUAUUACCCUUGACUUUGAGAGGUAAACAUACAGUAGAUGCCCUGUUACCUUUUUAAAAAAAAUUUAGGUGGAGGAGGUGAGGUACCUGUGCAGGUUUAUUACAUUGAUCUAUUGUGUAAUGCUGGGAUUUGGGCUUCUAGUAAACCCGUUCCCCAAGUAGUGAACAUAGUACUCAAUAGGUAGUUUUUCAACUCUUGUCUCCUUCCCUCUUUUCCCACUUCUGGAGUUCCCUGCAUCUGUUGUUUCCAUCUUUAUGUCUGUGUGUACCCAUUGUUUAGCUCCCACUUGAGAACAUACCUGUAUUUGAUUUUCUGUUUCUGCGUUAAUUUACUUAGGAUAAUGGCUUCUAGCUGCAUCCAUAUUGCUGCAAAUGACAUUAUUUCCUUUUUCUUUAUGGCUGCGUAGUGUAUGUGCACCACUUUUUCUUUAUCCAGUCCACCAUUGAGGGCACCUAGGUUGAUUUCAUGACUAUGCUGUUGUGAAUAGUGCUGCCAAUAAACAUAGGAGUGCAGGUGUCUUUUUGGUUGAAUGAUUUCUUUUCCUUUGGGAAGAUACCCAGUAGUAGGAUUGUGGGUCGAAUGGUAGUACUGGUUUUAGUUCUUUGAGAAAUCUCCAUACUGCUUUCCACAGGGGCUGAACUAAUUUAUAUUCCCUCCAGUAGUGUGUAAGUGUUGCCUUUGCUCCAUAUCCUCACCAAACUUUGUUAUGUUUUGACUUUUUUUUGUUUUGAGAUGGAGUCUCACUCUGUUGCUCAGGCUGAAGUACAGUGGCUUAAUCUUGUCUCACUGCAACCUCCGCCUCCUGGGUUCAAGCAGUUCUCCUGCCUCACCCUUACGAGUAGCUGGGAUUAUGGGUGCUUGUCACCACACCUGGCUAAUUUUUGUAUUUUUAUAUUCUUAGUAGAGAUAGGGUUUCACCAUGUUGGCCAGGCUGGUCUUGAACUCCUGACCUUAGGUGAUUUGCCCAUGAUGGCCUUGCAAAGUGCUGGGAUUGCAGGUAUGAGCCACUGCACCUGGCCACAUUUUGACCCCCCCACCCCCGAGACAGAGUUUCACUCUUAUUGCCCAGGCUGGAGUGCAGUGGCGCAAUCUCAGCUCACUCCAACCUCUCUGCUUCCUGAGUUCAAGCAGUUCUCUUGCCUCAGCCUCCCCAGUAGCUGGGAUUACAGGCACCCACCGCCACACCUGCCUAAUUUUGUAUUUUUAGUAGGGAUGGGGUUUCACCAUGUUUCACCAGGCUGGUCUUGAAUUCCUGCCCUGGUGAUCUGCUUGCCUCGGCCUCCCAAAGUGUUGGGAUUACAGGCAUGAGCCACCGUACCCGGCCCACAUUUUGACUUUUUGACAGUAGUUAUUCUGACUCGAGUGAGAUGGUAUCUCAUUGUGGUUUUGAUUUACAUUUCUUUGAUGAUUAGUGGUGAUAAGCAUUUCUUCAUACGUGUAUUGGCUGCUUAUGUGUCUUCUUUUGAGAAGUGUCUUUUCAUGUCCUUUGCCCACUUUUUAAUGCAGUUAUUUGUUUUUGCUUGUUUCAAGUUCCUUAUGAUUCAGGAUAUUAGGCCUUUGUUGGUACAUAGCUUGCAAAUAUUUUCUCCUAUUCUGUAGGUUGUCUUUUUUCUCUGUUGGAAUUUCUUUUACUGUGAAGAAGCUCUUUAAUUAAGUCCCAAAUGUCAGUUUUAUUAUUGUUGCAUUUGCCUUUUAGGUCUUAUUUUUUUGUCUAGGCCAAUGUCCAAAAACUAGUUUUUCCUGGUUUUUCUUCUGGAAUUUUUAUAGUUUGAAGUCUGACAUUUAAAUCUUUAAUUCAUCUUGAUAUAUGGUAAAAAGUAAGGGUUCAGUUUCAUUCUUCUGCAUAUGGCUAGGCAGUUUCUCCAGCACCCUUCAUUGAACAGGGUGUCCGUUUUCCCUUGUUUAUUUUUGUUGACUUUGUGGAAAAUCAGUUGGUUUGAGGUAUGUGGCUUUAUUUCAGGGAUCUCUCCUCUGUUCCGUUGGUCUUUGUGUCUGUUUUUGUACCAGUACGGUGGUGUUUUGGUUACUAUAGCCAGUAGUGUAGUUCGAAGUCAGGUAAUGUGAUGCUUUGUUCUUUUUGCUUAGGUUUGCUCUGGCUAUUCAGUCUCUUCUUUGGUUCUGUAUGAAUUUGAGAAUGUAUUUUUCAGAUUCUGUGAAAAAUGACUUUAGUAGUUUGAUAGAAUUGCAUUAAAUCUAUAGAUUGCUUUGGGGGGGGUGGGAAACUCUAUUAUCUAACAUGCUAACAAAUCGAAAUUUUUUUUUUGAUAUUUUAUUUAAAAAUCUCAUAGUUGUUUAAUUCCAAGUUAGAAGUCUACAAGUCUUGCAUGACAGUAUGAGUCCUAUAAUGUAAGUGUGUAGGGAGUGGGAGGAUAAUUAGAAAACUACUGCUGUCAUAUGUGACAACUUAAAGCUACAGUUUAAUGGAAAAUAUAUAAUAUUUCUACUUUUUAUAAGCCUACCCAACCGACAUACAAAGUUUAGAUUUGAUGACAAAUUGCUUACUAGGAUUCUAGCAGAAAUUAAUCUUUGUAGAAGCGCAGAACCUUUUAUAGUCUGUAUAGAAAUAGAAAUAUUUUAAUACACACGAAUAAAUGUAUUUAUGUUGAGGUACUUUUUUUUUCUUUAUGGCUUAUGUUAAAAGAAGAUGCAUAGAAGAUAAAUUAAAAUAAAAAUACUUAGUUUGAAGAAAAGAAAGGAAGUUCUGAUGGAUCUAGGAGACCUGAAGUAGGAUUGAGGUUCCAUUUCUGGUUUCAUUAGUAACAUCUGAGAAGGAAUGUGACGUCUGUUUUCUUUGUUUACUGGUUUUUAAUUUACCUCAUCAUUUCACAAAUCUUUAUAUUAACCCUGCCUUGUGUGAGGGGUCUCAUUUUCCUUCUCUCACUUUCAUAAGGUUGAUUUUUGUAUCAUUCCAACAUUCCAAGAAAACUUUCUUGAGUUUAAAAAGAAAGAAGAGAGAAAACAGUACAAGAAGCCAAGUGAAACAGCAUAGCUGUCCUCAAACUUUAAAAGCUUUUGUUCUCCUGGUCACAGUUCUUAUUUUCAUUAAGAUGUGGUAUUAGUGAAAUCUCAUUUUAAAGGAAUAAAAUACAUUUCCAAAUUUAUCUCAUUUUUGUGUUUCCUCUAUUAAGGAGCAUUAGCUAUGACUCAGCCCACAUCUGUCAGCAGUUUUACCCUUUUACAGAAUUAUUAUUAUUAUUAUUAUUAUUUUUGAGAUGGAGUCUUGCUCUGUCAUCAGACGCCAGGCUGGAGUGCAGUGAUGUGAUCUUGGCUCACUGCAACCUCUGCCUCCCAGGUUCAAGCAGUUCUCCUGCCUCAGUCUCCCAAGUAGCUGGGACUACAGGUGUGCGCCACCACGCCCAGCUAAUUUUUUGUAUUUUUUAGUAGAGAUGGAGUUUCACCAUGUUGGCUGGGAUGGUUUUGAUCUCUUGCCCUCAUGAGCUGCCCGCCUCAGCCUCCGAAAGUGGUGGGAUUACAGGUGAGAGCCACCGCGCCUGUCCCAGAAUCAUUAUAUUCAUAUGUAUAGUUAUAUAUACGUAUACAUAUAGUAAAAAAUAAAUUAGUUUUUAAAUUCGUUCUUCAUUCUUGAAAGGAUGAAGAUUUGAGAGAAAGGAAGGCCACGUUUAGAGAGAACUGGGCAGGUAUAGUUGGGGGCAAGAAAGAAUGCUAAAAGAAAAUUGAAGGCAAAAAGAUAAAUUAUAGCUGUAUGAUGAAGUUCUUUUGUAAACUGUUUGGAACUUGGAAUAUCGUAUAUUAGUAUGCAAAAGCAUUUAUAAGGAAAAUAGUUUAUUUAAAGACUAGUUUGGAGAUUGGUUCAUUACUUUACAUGUUCAGGGUGUAGGUGAUGUGUUGGAAGGGCAAAGAGGCAGGUGUCAGAGGCUUUAUAAAGAAACAGUGAGCUGCGUUUAGUGAGUGCUGGAAACAACUUGAGGGUUAGCAGUGUAGUGACUCAAUUCAGGGGUAAAGAGAUUAUAAGAGUGCUUAGCUGCUGUAAACCGUAUGCUACAGAUGUUGAUGUUGGCAAAUGUGAAAAUUAUAAAAUGUGAUUGUUAUGAUUUUUCUAAAGGAGGGAGUAAAGAUACUACAAAAAUGCUUGAAUAUUUUGUUGAGUUCAGGAAACAUUUUAGAGGAGAUUGGUAAAGAAAUGGCUUGUGAGUAUUUUUCCAAUGACUACAUAUUACUUGUAUAAAACUUUUAAAAGUGCUCCCCUCCCCGCUUUAUGUCAACAUUGCCCUGAUUAUACAUAGCACUGCCUUGGAUUUGCCUCAGAGGUGGCUGUAAGAUGUAUCUUCUCAGCCACUGAGUAGUUUGGUUUCUGGGUGGGCAGUGUUAACACAGUGGCUUUGUUUUGGGAGGAACUGUAUUUAAUUCUUAAUAUUUUAAGUGUUUUUAAAGUAACAAAAAUAAUAAGGGAAAAUAAUGAAAGUUUUAAUAAUGAAAGUAUUUUAGGCUAAUUUCUCAUUUAAUUUUUAACUUUUUCAUUCAGAGAUUAAGUAGAAAAGAUGCAUUAUAAUUGCAAAUAAAAUUUAGGGGAGAUUGUAUAAUGGGAUGUCAUUUUGAUCUUGAUAUUAGAGAAAGCUGUCCAUACUUGUCUAUAUAUUUUUAAUGUUUUGAUGUUUUCUGUGUGGCCAAGUACAUCAUUGAGUUCUGGAAAUUGUCAAUGUAAGAGAAGCAUAUAUAUUUUCUUUUGUGGAGUGUAAAAUCUGCAUUUCUCUGACCCAUAUGUGUAGAUAUGUAUAUGUAUGUAUGUAUGUAUUAGAAAAUAUGUGUGGAUGUGUGUGUACUUCCCAUAAUUGAAUUUGGUUGUAUUAUUGAAAUAUUUUGUAUCCUUACUUCUGUUUGGUCUAAAGAAGUUUAUUAAAAUAUCUCUACGGUGACUGUGGUUUUAUCAACUUUUUCUCAUUUUUAAAGUCUCUUGGUUGUUUUGGUAUUAUUUGCCUUGCAGCGAUGUUUUCUGGCCUUAUAUAUUUCAUAACUGUGUUGUUUGCACAAAUAUUUAUGACUCAUGUUCUUGUUGGAUUGAAUUUUUUUAUGUUACAAAGUAGUCAUCUCUAUCCCAUGUAAAGCUUUUAGCCUUAGAUUCUGCUUUAUUUUUUUAAUUUUUUUUUACUUAUACUUGUUAGAAACUGUAAAUGGUCUGAGAUUAUAGCCUACUUGGAAUCCAGUAAGUUAGCCUGGCUACAGUUUUAUGGAUUCCCACAGAGUAUAUGAGUCCUUAAUCAAAAUCAAGGAACUUUAUUACUCAUAGCAAUAACAAUAGCUAGAAUAUCAGCAUUUUCUUGUGUCAGUUCCUUAAGCCCAAGAGGGCCAGGUAACAUCUGCACACUCAGUGAGUUGCAUUGCGGAAUAGGGAACUCCUCAGCUUUGGGAAACUAAAUCUUUUAUCAUGGGAAGUAGUCAUGUCUGUCCUUUUCUCUGGAGGUGACAUUGUCUUUAUCUUCCAGGGCUAUUCGCUCUUACAAACAUGUUUGAAAAUAUGGUCCAAAACAUGCAGAAACAUGAGACACCCAUGGAGAACUGUCUCCCCCAAAUUUUUUAUUUGCGUUUGGUUGCUAUCUUUGCUUCUUUAUUUAAAUUAAGAAAAUUUAAUUAUUUUCUUUGCUUUGUUAUAAAUAAAUUUAUUUAAAUUAGUAAAAUUUCUCUUUAUUUUAAAUUAAUUUUAAUUUUACUUUUGAAUAGGUAAUAUGUUUUCCUCUCUCACCUGAAUCACCUUAAAAGAGGUAGCCAGUACUACCAGUUUCUUGUGAUCCUUCCAGAUACAUAUAUUCUUUCCACACUAUGCUUUACACAGUGAUAUCCUGCUGUACACAAUUCUGAGCCUUCAUAAUUUAUGAUAGCAAUUAUUCCAGGUGACCUUCAUCAUUCUUUACAAUUGCCUUAUAUUUCAUAGAUGGAUAAACUGCAAUAUAUUAACCAGUCGUGUACAUAGAUGGAUAUUUAAACUGUUCCCAGUAUUUUGUAUGUGUAUGAGUAUGUCUGUGGGUUGGAAGCCUUGCUUAUUCAAGGAUAUGUACAUUCCUGUUUUUGAUAAUUAUUUGCCAGAUUCCUGCUCAAAGAUGCUGUGCCCAUUUUUUUUUUUUAAUGUACUUUAAGUUCUGGAAUACAUGUGCAGAACAUGCAGGUUUGUUACAUAGGUAUGCACAUGUAUAGUGGUUUGCUGCACCCAUCACCCACAUUAGGUAUUUCAUGCUAUCCCUCCCCUAGCCCACUCCCUGCUCCACUGACAGGCUCUGGUGUGUGAUGUUCCCUUGCCUGUGUCCAUGUGUUCUCAUUGUUCAACUCCCACUUAUGAGUGAGAACAUGGAGUAUUUGGUUUUCUGUUCCUGUGCUAGUUUGCUGAGAAUGAUGGUUUCCAGCUUCAUCCAUGUUCCUGAAAAAGACAUAAACUCAUCCUUUUUUCUUGCUGCAUAGUAUUCCACGGCAUAUAUGUGCCACAUUUUCUUUAUCCAGUCUAUUAUUAAAGGGCAUUUGGGUUGGUUCCAAGUCUUUGCUAUUGUGAAUAGUGCUGCAGUAAACAUACAUGUGCAUGUGUCUUUAUAGUAGAAUGAUUUCUAAUCCUUUGGGUAUAUACCCAGUAAUGAGUUUACUGGGUAAAGUGGUAUUUCUGGUUCUAGAUCCUUGAGGAAUCGCCACACUGCCUUCCACAGUAGUUGAAUAAAUUUACGCUCCCACCAACCGUGUAAAAGUGUUCGUAUUUCUCCACAUCCUCUCCAGCAUCUAUUGUUUCCUGGCUUUUUAAUGAUCGCCAUCCUAACUGGUGUGAGAUGCUGUCUUAUUGGGAUUUUAAUUUGCAUUUCUGUAAUGACCAGUGAUAAUGAGCUUUUUUUCAUGUGUUUGUUGGCCACAUAAGUGUUGCCUUUUGAAAAGUGUCUGUUAUGUCCUUUGCCCACUUUUUGAUGGGGUUGCUUGUUUUUUUCUUGUAAAUUUGUUUAAGCUCCUUGUGGAUUCUGGAUUAGUCCUUUGUCAGAUGGAUAGAUUGCAAAAAUUUUCUCCCAUUCUGUAGGUUGCCUGUUCACUCUGAUGAUAGUUUCUUUUGCUAUGCAGAAGCUCUUUAGUUUAAUUAGGUUCCUUUGUCAAUUUUGGCUUUUGUUGCCAUUACUUUUGGUGUUUUGGUCAUGAAGUCUUUGCCCAUAACUCUGUACUGAAUGGUAUUGCCUAGAUUUUCUUCUAGAGUUUCAAUGGUUUUAGGUAUUACAUUUAAGUCUUUAAUUCAUCUUGAGUUAAUUUCUAUAAAAGGUGUAAGGAAAGGGUCCAGUUUCAGUUUUCUGCAUAUGGCUAGCCAGUUUUCCCAACACCAUUUAUUAAAUGGGGAAUCCUUUCCUUAUUCUUGUUUUUGUCAGGUUUGUGAAAGAUCAGAUGGUUGUAGAUGUGUAGUGUUAUUUCCGAGGCCUCUAUUCUGUUUCAUUGGUCUUAUAUAUCUGUUUUGGUACCAGUAUCAUGCUGUUUUGGUUACUAUAGCCUUGUAGUAUUGUUUGAAGUCAGGUAGCGUGAUGCCUCCAGCUUCGUUGUUUUUGCUCAGGAUUGUCUUGGCUAUAUGGGCUCUUUUUUUGCUUACAUAUGAAAUUUGAAGUAGUUUCUUGUAAUUCUGUGAAGAAAGUCAUUGGUAGCUUGAUGGGGAUAGCACUGGAUCUAUGAAUUCCUUUGGGCAGUCUGGCCAUUUAUGUGAUACUGAUUUUUCCUAUUUGUGAGUGUGGAAUAUUUUUUCAUGUGAAUUGUUUGUUUCCUUUCUUAUUUCCUUGAACACUGGUAUGUAGUUUUCCUUGAAGAGGUCCUUCACAUCCCUUGUAAGUUGUACUCGUAGGUAUUUUAUUCUCUUUGUAUCAGUUGUGACUAGGAGUUCACUCAUGAUUUGGCUGUUUGCCUAUUAUUGGUGUAUACAAAUGCUUGUGAUUUUUGCACAUUGAUUUUGUAUCCUGAGAUUGCUGAAGUUGCCGAAGCUUAAGGAGAUUUGGACCUGAGAUGAUGGGGUUUUCUAAAUAUACGAUCAUGUCAUCUGCGAGCAGAUACCAUUUGACUCCCUCUCUCCCUCGUUGAAUACCCUUUAUUUCUUUCUUUUUCCUAAUUGCCCUGGCCAGAACUUCCAAUAAUACUAUGUUGAAUAGGAGUGGUGAGAGAGGGCAUCAUUAUCUUGUGCUGGUUUUCAAAGGGAAUGCUUCCAGCUUUUGCCCAUUCAGUAUGAUAUUAGCUGUGGGUUUGUCAUAAAUAGCUCUUAUUAUUUUGAGAUAUGUUACAUCAAUACCUAGUUUAUUGAGAGUUUUUAGCAUGAAGGGUUUAAUUUUAUCGAAGGCUUUUUCUGCAUUUAUUGAGAUAAUCGUGGUUUUUGUCAUUGGUUCUGCUUAAGUGAUGGAUUACAUUUAUUGAUUUGCCUAUGUUGAACCAGCUUUGCAUCCCAGGAAUGAAGCCAACUUAAUUGUGGUAGAUAAGCUUUCUAAUGUGCUUCUGUAUUCAGUUUGCCAAUAUUUCAUUGAGGAUUUUCACAUCGAUGCUCAUCAGGGAUUUUGUCCUAAAAUUUUCUUUUUUUGUUGUGUUUCUGCCAGGUUUUGGUAUCAGGAUGAUGCUGGCCUCAUACAAUGAGUUAGGGAGGAGUGCCUCUUUUUCUGUUUGGAAUAGUUUUAGAAGAAAUGGUACCAGCGCCUCUUUGUAUCUGGUAGAAUUUGGCUGUGAAUCCGUCUGGUUCUGGGCUUUCUUUGGUUGGUAGGCUAUCAUUGCUUCAGUUUCAGACUUGUUAUUGGUCUAUUCAGGGAUUCGACUUCUUCCUGGUUUAGUCUUGGGAGGGUGUAUGUGUCCAGGAAUUUAUUCAUUUCUUCUAGAUUUUCUAGUCUCUUUAUGUAGAGAUUUAUAGUAUUCUCUGAUGGUAGGUUGUAUUUCUGUGGGAUCAGUGGUAAUAUCCUUUUUAUCAUUUUUUAUUGUGUCUAUUUGAUUGUUCUCUCUUUUCUUUAUUAGUCUGGCUAGCGGUCUAUCUAUUUUGUUUAUCUUUUCAGAAAGCCAGCUCCUGUAUUCAUAGAUUUUUUUUUUAAGGGGUUUUCGUGUCUCUGUCUCCUUUAGUUCUUCUCCGAUCUUAAUUAUUUCUUGUCUUCUGCUAGCUUUUGAAUUUGUUUGCUCUUGCUUCUUUAGUUCUUUUAAUUUUGAUGUUAGGGUGUCGAAUUUAGAUCUUUCCUGCUUCCUCCUGUGUGCAUUUAAUGUUAUAAAUUUCCCUCUAAACACUGCUUUAGCUAUGUCCCAGAGAUUUUGGUAUGUUGUAUCUUUGUUCUCAUUGGUCUCAAAGAACUUAUUCCUUUCUGCCUUAAUUUAGUUAUUCACCCAGUAGUCAUUCAGGAGCAGCUUGUUUCAUUUCCAUGUAGUUGUGUGGUUUUGAGUGAGUUUCUUAAUCCUGAGUUCUAAUUUGAUUGCCCUGUUGUCUGAAAGACUGUUAUUAUUUCCAUUCUUUUGCUUUUGCUGAGGAAUGUUU